AUGGCCUCUAUCACUGCUUCAUUUCGGACUAGUAUGAAUUUUAUCGGGAAGGUAAAUGCAGCAUUUGGAAGUGUCAUCAUAUGCUUUUCUGCAUAUGGAUGUGUUUCUUCAUUUUAUUUUGCCUAUUAUUUCAUUGAUUUAUUAAUAAGUCUCUGGAAAUGGUUCUACAGUUUUAAGGAGCUGGCUGAAAGAACACCUUUGUCAGAGUUACGGACCCCUGAGGAAGCUGCUGCUGGUGCUGCUGCUGCUGGUGCUGCUGCUGCUGGUGCAGCAGAUGGACUUUCAGAAUCUGGUGAGAAAGUAAAUGAAGGAGAGGCUCAACCUAAUGCUACAGAGCAAUCUCCUAAACCUGUAAGUGCUGGUUUAACAGAAGCAGAGGAGUUGGAGAAGUAUAUCGCCCUUAGAGAAGAGAUGUAUAAGAAAGCUAAAGAGUUCGAAUCUAAGAUCAUUGGUUUUGAAACAGCUAUACGGAGGCCCUACUUCCAUGUGCGGCCCCUCAAUGUUGCCGAGCUUGAAAAUUGGCAUAAUUUUCUGGAUUUUAUAGAGAGAGAAGGUGACCUCAACAAGGUGGUCAAGUUGUAUGAAAGAUGCAUAAUUGCAUGUGCAAAUUAUCCUGAAUACUGGAUUAGAUAUGUUUUAUGUAUGGAAGCUAGUGGUAGUAUGGAUCUUGCAGAUAAUGCCCUUGCUCGUGCAACACAAGUCUUUGUCAAGAGACAACCAGAGAUUCACCUUUUUGCUGCUCGAUUCAAAGAGCAGAAUGGGGACAUAGCUGGUGCUCGAGCUGCAUAUCAACUUGUGCAUACAGAAAUUUCACCUGGUCUCCUUGAAGCAAUUAUCAAACAUGCAAACAUGGAACACCGUCUAGGGAACCUUGAAGAUGCCUUCUCUUUAUAUGAGCAGGCUAUUGCAAUUGAGAAAGGAAAAGAACAUUCCCAAACUUUACCAGUGUUGUAUGCUCAGUAUUCUCGUUUUGUUCUUCUGGUUUCUGGUGAUGCAGAGAAAGCUAGGAAAAUUCUUGUUGAAGCGCUUGAUCAUGUCCAACUCUCAAAACCACUCAUUGAGGCAUUAAUACAUUUUGAGACAAUACAAUCACCACCUAGGCGGAUAGACUUUUUAGACUCAUUGGUUGAUAAGUUCAUAUUGCCCAACUCAGAUACUGCCAAUGCUGCAAGUCCUGCUGAGAAGGAGGAGCUUUCUAGCAUAUUUCUGGAGUUCUUAGGUCUUUUUGGAGAUGUUCUGUCGAUUAAGAAAGCUGAGGAUCGGCAUGCCAAGCUCUUUUUACCUCAUAGAAGCAUGCCAGAGUUCAAAAAGCGUCAUGCAGAUGAUUGUCUUGUCUCAGAUAAAACAAAGAUGGCCAGAUCCUAUGCUGGUGUUCCGUCUGCUCAGUCUUUGAUGGGUGCUUAUCCGAAUGCACCAAACCAGUGGGCAGGUGGCUAUGGUUUGCAGUCCCAAACUUGGCCUCCUGUUACGCAAGCGCAGGCACAACAUUGGACACCUGCUUAUGGGCAACAGGCUGCAUAUGGUGCAUAUAGUGGUUAUGCAAGCACUUAUCCCACUCCUCAAGCACCAACAUCCGUACCACAAAGUGCUGCUUAUGGUGCUUAUCCUUCUACAUAUCCUGUUCAGCAGACAUACCCGCAACAAAGUUAUGCGCAACUAACUGCAUCAGCAGCAACAGUAACCCCUACGCAGCAACCUGGUUCAGCUCCUCAGGCAUACUAUGGAUCUUAUUACUGAGGAAGUUGUUGCUUCUUUUGGUGCCUGUAAUCUAUUCUUUUCUCUCAGUUCAUUUUUAAUGGUUAUCCUUAACUGUAACUUGUUUUUUUCUGGACAAGGGAGGGUGUGGACACGAAUGUGCUAGAGGGAGCCCAAAAAAAUGGAGGAUAGAAAUUUGUUCUGGUAGCUACAGUAAGAGAAAAUUGUAUUACUAGGUAGUUCCUAUUUUGUAAUUCUCAGGGGUUUUUGCUUUUUGAUCCUUUUUUUUUUUUUUUUUUUUUUUUUUUUUUUUUUUUUCUUUUUGCCUUUUCGUGCUUCUCUGCCCUUCCUCACCCAGAAAAGAUUUUUUUUUUUUUUAAAAGAAGAGAUGAUGCUAAUAUUAGUGUUUGAACUGAGGAAUAUAACAAUCUGGGUUUUGUUUCUCAA